CCUGGAUACAUUUUGAUUGUCUUACAGCUCCAUUUAGCAGCCCUGGCAUCACUAAAGGGAGAUAUAGUGGCGCUUAAUAAACGUCUGCAGCAAACAGAAAGGGAGCGGGACCUGCUGGAAAAAAAAUUGGCAAAGGCGCAGUGUGAACAGUCUCAUCUAAUGAGAGAGCAUGAAGAUGUACAGGAGCGAACAACACUACGCUAUGAAGAACGAAUCACAGAGCUUCACAGCAUUAUCGCUGAAUUAAAUAAGAAGAUUGACCGACUACAAGGAACAACAAUAAGGGAGGAAGAUGAAUAUUCUGAACUACGAUCAGAGCUCAGCCAGAGCCAGCAUGAGGCUAACGAAGAUUCACGCAGCAUGGACCAGGAUCAGACUUCUGUUUCAGUACCAGAGAACCAGUCCACUAUGGUCACAGCUGACAUGGAUAACUACAGUGACUUGAACUCCGAACUGCAGAGAGUGCUGACAGGGCUGGAGAAUGUAGUCUGCGGGAGGAAGAAGAGCAGUUGCAGUUUGUCUGUAGCAGAAGUGGACAGACACAUUGAACAACUCACCACUGCCAGCGAACAUUGUGAUCUAGCUAUUAAGACAGUAGAGGAGAUUGAGGGUGUGCUGGGACGGGAUCUGUAUCCAAACCUGUCUGAAGAGAGAUCUCGGUGGGAAAAGGAGCUGGCUGGUCUGAGGGAAGAAAAUGAGAGCCUCACUGCUAUGCUGUGCAGCAAAGAAGAGGAGCUGAACAGAACCAAGGCCACCAUGAAUGCUAUCCGUGAAGAAAGGGACAGAUUACGCAGAAGGGUUCGGGAACUGCAAACACGUUUACAGAGCAUCCAGGCAACAGCCCCAUCCAGUCCAGGUCGUCUCACUUCCGCAAACCGACCCGUGAACCCCAGUACUGGAGAGCUGAGCACAAGCAGUAGCAGCAAUGACAUUCCCAUUGCCAAGAUUGCUGAACGAGUGAAGCUCUCAAAGACAAGGUCAGAGUCUUCAUCAUCUGACCGACCUGUCCUAGGAUCAGAAAUCAGCAGCAUAGGGGUGUCUAGCAGUGUGGCUGAGCACUUGGCCCAUUCUCUCCAAGACUGCUCCAACAUCCAGGAAAUCUUUCAGACACUCUAUUCACAUGGAUCUGCGAUCUCUGAAAGCAAAAUCCGAGAGUUUGAAGUGGAAACAGAGAGGUUAAAUAGCCGUAUUGAGCACUUAAAAUCCCAGAAUGACUUGUUGACAAUAACGCUGGAGGAGUGCAAGAGCAAUGCUGAGAGGAUGAGCAUGCUGGUUGGGAAAUAUGAGUCCAAUGCCACAGCACUCAGACUUGCACUGCAGUACAGUGAACAGUGCAUAGAAGCAUACGAGCUGCUGCUGGCUUUGGCAGAAAGUGAACAGAGUCUCAUUCUUGGUCAGUUUAGAGCUGCAGGCGUUGGGUCUGUUGGUGACCAAACAGGUGAUGAGAACAUUACCCAGAUGCUCAAGAGAGCUCACGACUGCAGGAAGACAGCUGAGAAUGCAGCAAAAGCCCUGCUGAUGAAGUUAGAUGGCAGCUGCGGGGGAGCCUAUGCGAUCACUGGCUGUAGCGUACAGCCGUGGGAGAGCCUGUCAUCCAACAGCCACACCAGCACUACCAGCUCAACUGCAAGUAGCUGUGAUACGGAGUUCACAAAGGAGGAUGAGCAGAGGUUGAAGGAUUACAUCCAGCAGCUGAAGAAUGACAGGGCAGCAGUCAAGCUGACCAUGUUGGAGCUGGAGAGCAUCCAUAUUGAUCCCCUUAGUUAUGAUGUCAAACCUCGUGGAGACAGCCAGAGGCUAGAUCUGGAAAAUGCAGUUCUGAUGCAGGAACUCAUGGCAAUGAAGGAGGAGAUGGCAGAGCUUAAGGCACAACUGUACCUGCUAGAGAAAGAGAAGAAAGCACUGGAGUUGAAACUCAGCACUCGAGAGGCCCAAGAACAGGCCUAUCUAGUUCACAUUGAGCACCUGAAGUCUGAAGUAGAAGAGCAAAAAGAACAGAAAAUAAGAUCCCUCAGCUCCACCAGUAGUGGCAGCAAAGACAAAUUGGGCAAGGAAUGCACAGAUGGGACCACAACACCAUUAACCCUAGCUGAGCUGAGACCAUACAACGACAGUGAACUGGCUGCAGAACUGACAAAUGCACUCAGACGAGAGAAGAAACUGAAAGGGAGAGUGCAAGAGUUAGUGAGUGCCUUAGAGAGACUCACGAAGAGCAGCGAAAUCAGACAUCAGCAGUCUGCAGAGUUUGUUAAUGACCUGAAAAGGGCAAACAGUAACCUUGUGGCAGCUUAUGAAAAAGCAAAGAAGAAGCAUCAAAACAAACUGAAGAAACUGGAGUCUCAAAUGAUGGCGAUGGUUGAGAGGCAUGAGACUCAAGUGAGGAUGCUCAAACAAAGAAUAGCAUUGCUGGAGGAGGAGAACUCAAGACCUCACACCAAUGAAACUUCACUUUAAAAUAUAUGAUGACAAUUAGUGCCAUUAAAAACCAGUUUUUUUUUUCCUUCACUGAUUUUAGGUAGUGAACACUAUUAAGGAUUUGAAACAUAACGGGCAUAGAUCAGCCUUGUGGCUUUGUCAAGUCAAGCCAGGAGGAAUGGGGAGACUAUUUUGGCAAAGGAUUGUUUAUUGAUCACUGCUUGAAAUGGACAGUGUCUGAAGGUAAAGUUUCUGGUCAUACCAAGGUUACAUUCACAGUAUAUGUGAUUAUGUGUAUAUACACACACAUGCAGGAUUAUCGCCCAUCCUCAAAUCCUAAUGGGUCGCAGUCUCUCCACACUUUUUUCAUUUUAAUCUUGAUGCACUCCCUUGCUUUUAAUUUACUACUAAAACAAUGCCAAAAUAGCACUUAUUCAGAUGCUUUUGUAUGUUUGUUUGGACACAGACUAAGCCAGUUUGAUAAUCUCCCAGCCCCCAUGUUCUCUUUGUCCUGAAAUCUUGCAGUAAGAUUUGCUGUUACAUCUAUUGUAUGUAGAUAUUUGGUGAGGGGAGGUGUGCAAGAUGACAGCCUGUUUGUACCCUGCACCAAACUUGCAGUUCUCCACACACAAUCCAGCAGAUGUAGGAGGAUAACUCCUGCUAAUUCAGAGGCAUUUUACCCAGGCAGGAUUCCUGAACACAGCAACUAGAAAGCUCUUACUGCAAGUCUACAAUGCUGUUUUCUUUCUUAUGCCUUUACAGGCAGUAUGUGGCCACAUGCUUUCUAUUUACAGUGCAGGGGCCAAGACUGGGUAGGAAGUUACAAGGAAGUUUUUGUCCUUCAUGUUAUAUGGUAGUGCUGACAGUCAAUUUAGAAAAAGUUGGGUUUAUUUUUCUAACACACACACAGUUUUCCUCAAACCAGCCUCUGUCAGGUGCAGAGUAAUAUUAGACCAGCAUAAUGUUCCAUUACACUUGUGUGUGACCAAGAGGCAGAAACCCUCUCUGCACUUAUAAAUAAGUUCCUUUUUGGUCAAUACAUUGUAAGGAAUGUACCUAUUCAAAAUUAAAAUAAAUGCACAUGAAUGUGCAUAUACAUAUAGAUAGACACACACACAAAAUGAGUGAGCAAAUGGCUGGCUCUUAGUACAGUGAGUAGAAGUUAUAUGAACACAGCCUUCUGAUGGCUGUUGUAAAAUUACAUUUAUAGGCUAUUUUUUAGUAAGUUACUGUUAUACUGUGUGGACUCUGUUCAAGCCAGUCUGUUUCUCAUAUCAUGCUAGCUAGCACAUUGUAAGACUGAAUGAGUCUGGUGUUUUUAGUAGAGGCUGAGUGAAUCAGAGAGAUCAGGUUGCCACCCUCCAGGAAGCAGGAGGUGUAGUCUCAGGCAUGGCACUCAUCCCAGCUCCCUUGGGCCUUGUUCACAUGGCUUUUGUUUUCUCACUGUUGCUGAGAUUGUCUGAGCACUUAAAACAAAACAACCCACCCUCAUCAGUUUAUCAACCUGGAGUCAGUUAACUUUGUUGUUGUUGUUAUUACUACAGUGCUGAUAUGUUUAGUAUUGGUCAAGAUUGAGGUGCUUUCCUUGGCAAACAGAUUUUCAAAAGUCUGCUGUCAUUCCCAUCUGUUACACAGGAAUUUGUUGGGUUUUUCCUCUGUUUUGUCUUGAGUUUCCUAGACAUGUUUAAAGUGAUGUGAAUUUCUCUCUAAAGGCUUUAUUUCCAAAGAGCUGUGGCUAUGGUUCUCUACGCUGAGUAACGCUUGCCUAGACUAAGCCUUUGGCCUUCCUAGCUGGUAUCAUGCUUUGCUGCUUCUAGAUGUUAAGCAGGCACAAUGAGGGGAUUUGCUUUCAGGUUUUUAGGGAGCAGGUUAAAAACAGCCUUAGGUGAGAGAGAAACUUCAGUGGUUCUUAAUGUUGGUUUCCAGUGCUUUCCUUUGGCAAUUGCUGUUCUCUUUCCUUAAAAGCAGUGAAGGUUGAGUAGCAAAUCUGAGACAACAUAAGCUGCACCCAUGCCAAACCUAGCCUCCCGACUACACCAGCAUAAAUGAGGAGAAAGACAGCAUUACUUACAAAUGAAGGGCCACCUGGGAGAGCCCUGCUACCUGACUUGCAACCACAGGGACCCAACUACAUCUGUUGGGUCUGGGUCAGGUGGGAAAGCAAGCAGACCCUUAGGGAGUUAGGUUGAGAGUGGCUUUGUGCUCACAGUACACACAGCGCAGCAGCAGAUGUUAAGACCAGUGCAUGAAGCCCUCCCUGAACAAACCCCAAGGCAGAAGGAGAGCUCGGCAGGGAGUGCUGGGUCAAGUCAGAAAACAACUCGAUCCUUUCAGGGUGGAUCUGUGUCAGGCUUAAACAUUAGGCCCAAACCAACCACUACCACCUUUUAGUUUGGGUGGGGCCAAUCCUCUUUACUCACAAAACUGUAUAAUCUCCCACUUUGAACUGCAAAUGAUGAUUUUUGCAAACCCCAUUAUCCAAGCAAUAUUCAUAUUGAUUUUUCAGUGUCUGAGUGCAGCUUUGUCCAUAGAAUUAUUUUGCUAAGCUAGAACUGUCCUUCACUGCAGUGGAAAGCUAACUGUAGUUUGAAGAUAAACAUUUUUUUAACAUUGACCCUGCAAAAAAAUAUAUAUCUGUUUUGCCCACAGGUGUCCCUAACUGUGGAAUUUUUUUUCCUGUCUUCCAUUUCCCAUGAUGGCUGGCCAAAAAGAGCUUGAAAGGAGGAACCCCUCUUAAACACAGCUUUUUCUGCCUUGUUUUAAAGUAGUUUCUAUAUUUUGGGCCCAGUACCACACUCACUAAAAUAAGUGAGUUUUGUCAUGGGACUUUAGUGGAAGUAGGAUCAAAGGAUAUGCCUGUUUAUCAUUGGGAAAUCUUUGCUGAUGCUGAAAGAAUGGGUGCAACCCUAUUUAGAAAUGAUAGUGGGAGAGAUGCACUAAGCCAGUUCCCACAGGUUCAAGGACUCUCAAACCAUCAACUUUGUUACCUCCUUGAGAUCAGCCCUACAUUAGGCAGUAGUGUUCAAGUCCUUAGGGUUAAGUCUAGAUUAAGUGGCUAGAUAAUAGGUCCAAAACUGUAGUCCCCUUAUUCAGGCAAAGCUCACAUCAGCUUUAGCAGGAGUUUUGGAUAAGUAAAGGCUGCAGCUACUUGCUUAAGCAAAUGAUUGGGACAUUUUAGUAUAACACAUUUAAAAUACGCAGCCAAAGCUUUUGUCUGGAGUAGUUUGCCUCCUUGUUUACGGUUCAUUAACAAAAUUCUGUGUAAGCUACAACAAUCUCCAUGCUGGAAAAAUGUAUUGGUGCGGGAGGCAGCCACUGCUAGGGCCUGACACAAGCACCAAGAGCUGACGUGCUUAGCUGGCUGACUUAUAAAUAAAACAAAAAACCCAAACCUAUAGGCAUAUGGUUCAGGGGCUACAAAAGGGACAUAAUGGCAUGGUUCACAUUUCCUGGUUCCUUUGUAAUUUGUGAGAGGGAAGAAAGCACAUCACUGUUCUGUUUAUUCCUGCUACAGGGGUUCAGUGUUUGAUCCCUCUUAUUCUGCACAUGUUCUUAUACUGACCUCCUCACCAUGGUAUCUUCCAUUAAGCAAAGUUACUAAGAUCUGUCACCGGUAGCUAGUUCUCUCAUCCUCUCCCAAGGGAGUGUUUUAAGUUCUUUAAAUGAAAAUGCUGCCCUGUUUAUAUAUUAGAAAAGGCAAGGGUGAGGUGUGCUUUGCAUUUGUGAUGUGCUUAACUUCUGCAGGAAUUUGUUGCAGAGUUGGGCAGGCUCCCUAGAAACCAUGGCUCUGGCUUUAGAUCCUGAAGCCAAGUUGUUGACCGCAAUCUUUAGCCAUACAGAGCCCUGGUGAACAAAGGACAGAUCCUGAUGCAGUAUUCUGUAGGAAGCCAUGCUGGAGAUUCAGUAAUGGUGAAUCAAGACAGCUGAAAUUCUUCCACAUGUAAGUUUGGCUACCCCAGAUUGCAGGACUGUUUUUGUGAUGAUUUUUCCUAGUAUCAGUUUUAGGAGGCCUCCUCACAGCUCUACAACAUAUGACACCUGAGCUACCAACUAGUAAGACAUUUGCAGCAAUUGUUAAAAUCCCUUGCACUUCAACUUAAUUAUAAGUUAUGGCUUUUAACUUCUCCAAGGAGGAAGUGAAAGGGGUUCUGUUUAGUAGAGGGUUUACUGUUUUAAAUUAGGUAGAAGUUUUUAUAGGACCAGGCUUGCCUUGUUACUCUCCAAAAUAAGGCUGAGCUGAGCAGAACCUGUCCUGUGUAUAGACAAUUUCAUUAGGCAAGAAUAUUGAGCCUGAACCUCAAAUUUCAAAAGGGAUGAGGAAUGAUGUACAAGUUUUCCAACUCAUAAGGAUUACGUAUUAUUUUGUGAUAGUGCCAAUUUUAACCUGCCUUUUGAAUUUGUUUUUAGCAGAUGUUUUAUUUCAAAUACAUUUAAAGAAUGCUAUAAAGAUUACAGCAAAUAAUUAUAUCAAAGGGAUUAAAGGUAACCUACUCAACAUUUCUUCCAUGAUGUUGAUGAGCAAGACAGUAUUUGCUUUGUCACAACCUCUGCCAUGGAAUCUUCAACAGUUAACAGGGAGAUGUGGGUACCUACAAAGUAUUGCUUCAUUUGUUAGUAUAUUAGAAAAGGGAGUGGGGAUAGGACUAAUAGGAAAUGAUUUGGUGUUAAAUAGUUUAGUGCUUCUUGUAAUUGGUUAAAAGUAGCAGUCGCCCUAGUGCGCUAGUUAUAAAAAUGACCACUUUAAAACAGUAAAAUUCCAAAAACUAAUAUUUAAUUAUGCAACUGUUUACAUAAUACUUCAAGCUGGUGUUUCAGUUUUUAUUUAAACUGACAAGUGUGCAUUCUAUCUUCUUCAGAAGUAACUUGCAUCACCUGUAGACACUGCAACCCAACUCCCACCAAUU